AUGUUCCCGCAGGCCCAGGCUGCAAGCAAUGUGAGCUGUGGAGAAUGUACGUUUCAUGUCUCGGAUGAGGGUCUGCUGUCAAGGGAGGGAAGCUGUGUUUGGACCUGUUACAGUUUGUCUUUGAGCUCCCGUGAUAUUCGAAAUAUAACAAAUGGGACCUUUGACGGGCUCUCGAGCUUGUUUUCGCUCUAUCUAUACAACAACAACCUGCAGAGCCUGCCUGCGGGGAUCUUCGACGGGCUCUCGAGCUUGCAGUGGCUACAUCUAUACAAUAACAACCUUCAGAGCCUGCCUGCGGGGAUCUUCGACGGGCUCUCGAGCUUGCAGUGGCUACAUCUAUACAAUAACAACCUUCAGAGCCUGCCUGCGGGGAUCUUCGACGGGCUCUCGAGCUUGCAGGAGCUAUAUCUUGCCUUCAACAGCCUUCAGAGCCUGCCUGCGGGGAUCUUCGACGGGCUCUCGAGCUUGCAGGGGCUACAUCUACACAACAACAACCUUCAGAGCCUGCCUGCGGGGAUCUUCGACGGGCUCUCGAGCUUGCAGGAGCUACAUCUAUACAACAACAACCUUCAGAGCCUGCCUGCGGGGAUCUUCGACAGGCUCUCGAGCUUGCAGGGGCUACAUCUACACAAUAACAACCUUCAGAGCCUGCCUGCGGGGAUCUUCGACGGGCUCUCGAGCUUGCAGAGGCUAGAUCUUGCCUCCAACAGCCUUCAGAGCCUGCCUGCGGGGAUCUUCGACGGGCUCUCGAGCUUGAAGUGGCUAGAUCUACACAAUAACAACCUGCAGAGCCUGCCUGCGGGGAUCUUCGACGGGCUCUCGAGCUUGCAGGAGCUAGAUCUUGCCUCCAACAGCCUUCAGAGCCUGCCUGCGGGGAUCUUCGACAGGCUCUCGAGCUUGCAGGGGCUAGAUCUAUACAACAACAACCUUCAGAGCCUGCCUGCGGGGAUCUUCGACAGGCUCUCGAGCUUGCAGGGGCUGAUUCUGUACAAGAACAGCCUUCAGAGCCUGCCUGCGGGGAUCUUCGACGGGCUCUCGAGCUUGCAGUGGCUAGAUCUUGCCUCCAACAGCCUUCAGAGCCUGCCUGCGGGGAUCUUCGACGGGCUCUCGAGCUUGCAUGACCUAUAUCUUGAAGACAUGAACCUUCAGAGCCUGCCUGCGGGGAUCUUCGACGGGCUCUCGAGCUUGCAGUUGCUAUAUCUUGACAUCAACAAUAUCGGGGUGGUUCCUUACGACAGACUGAUGAGCUUGUCCUAUCUGGGUCUAAGAAAAGUGGACAGCCUGCCUGCGGGGAUCUUCGACGGGCUCUCGAGCUUGCAGGAGCUAGAUCUUGCCUCCAACAGCCUUCAGAGCCUGCCUGCGGGGAUCUUCGACGGGCUCUCGAGCUUGCAGGGGCUAGAUCUUGCCUCCAACAGCCUUCAGAGCCUGCCUGCGGGGAUCUUCGACGGGCUCUCGAGCUUGCAGUGGCUAGAUUUACACAACGACAAUAUUUCCUGCAUUUUCUCCCAGGCUUUCACUAAUUUGUCUUCGCUUUACUAUUUGGACCUGACAGGCAACAAUUUACCGUGCUAUCAUUCAUCCUGGCCAAGUUUUGCUCAUCUGGACAUGAACUUAGAACCAUGCUUCAACGAAACUCAUUGCAAAAACACCAGAGACACGUCACCAGGACCAACACCUCAGGUCUGGACUCUCCAUCCUGACUAUCUCGGCUGCCGAAUGCAACAGAAAUGGCAAGAGCUCCCUAGGAACAAUGCCAUCAAGACGGGUGGACUCGGAAAGCUUAUGAUUGUAGACAAAGUCGAGGUGUGGUUAUGCAGCUACCUUGACGCCUGUGCGAGGCCUAGGAAUGCUUUCUGCUAUGUGUUUGACGAGGAGAAAGAAGAAUUCAUCCCAUGGGGGCUGGAGGAUGAGCUCAUGCUAAGCAAAGACAGAUGA